GGAGAGUGAUAAAGGAGAUAAAACACGAAGUACAGAGAAAGAGUGUGCAUACAGUGAUAGGAAGAAACGGAUAAGAAAUGUGGCUUCUUCAGCUCCCUCCGAAGCUCUCAACCCCUUUUCUGAACGGUCAUGCCCAUGGCUCGAACCUUCUCACGAAACCCAAUUCCGGCGUGGCUAGGCCCCAAUGGGCACCGCCGUGUUCCGUCCCUCAAAUAAAAGCGAUGAAGACAAUGCAGGGAAAGGUGGUGUGCUCCAGCAGCGAUAAGACGGUGGCUGUGGAGGUGGUCAGGGUGGCCAUUCACCCAAAGUACAAGAGGCGCUUCAGGAAGAAGAAGAAGUACCAGGCCCACGACCCAGAUAACCAAUUCAAAGUGGGCGACAUCGUUCAGCUCCAGAAGACCAGGCCCAUCAGCAAGACCAAGACUUUUCUAGCCCUCCCCGCUCCCCAACGGCGUUCCAACGAAACCUCUCAGCGGGAAGAGAUUUUCAUUGAUUUCGAGUCUUUCGAGUCUUUCGGGUCCGAGUCUCAGUCCUAGACUCUCCUCAAUUUCACUCUCUCACGCGUAUUUUAUCCAAUCUUUUUUUUUUCCUCUUUCCGCUUUAUGUGUUGUAAUUUCCAUGGUGCAACUCUUUCGUGUUAGUGCACUGUUUAUAUGUGCAAUUCUUAUCAUUCUAACUACGGCUAUCAUAUAUAAUCGUCUUUUGCUUUAAUUGAUUGCUCUUGCUCUAUGGUAAUUCGGAGGAUUGGGAGAAUUCGGGAAAUUUUAUUGUUUAAUUCCAUACAGCAAUGAAAUGAGAGUGAGACUUGCUGGGACUGGGAGUGGAGAAGUUGGUGCUAACGAAAUCAGUUUGAUAUAUGGUUUUUGUUAAUUUUGUUAUCGUGAGAACUUUUAUCGUUUAUGGAUCCCUCUGAAUGUUUGAUGAAAUGUCCCAUUGGCUUUUGAUCAAUCUUCAAUUCAAAUGUGGCGUUAUGGCAGUGUUGUUAUCUUUGAGAAUUUGUUGUGACAGAAUGAAAUGUUCGAUUAUGAUUCUGAUGGCCAAAUAUUCAUAGUUGAGUUUAA